CGCCGCCGCGGCGGGAGGCUGCGAGCGCCCGCCCGUUCGUUAUUGGCUCGGCGGAGUCCAAUUAGGCAGCAAAUGAGGACGGGGCUAUUAGCACAAAGGGAUCCCGGCUCCGCCGAGGCACCGCGGGAGGCGAAUGGCACGGGCCGCACCGCGCCGCCACAAAAGCGGCCCUCGCCCCGCCGCGCCGCCGCCCCGCCCCGCGCCCGCACCCACAAAAGCCGCGGGCGCAGCCGGGCCGCCCCGAGCCGCUCCGGGCCGAGCCGCCUCCCCGCCUCCCCGCGGGCCUGACGCGGAUCGGGUCGCCGCUCCGCCAACUUUCCGUGCUGAAACGGCUCCGGCGGCCGCUGCGCGCCCCGCACGGACCGACCCCGACCCCUCCGCCCCGCCGGGCCCGCGGCGCCCUCUGCCGGGACCGGGAGCGGGAGGAGGCGGCCCGGGCUGCGCCGGGUGUGCUGCGGGAACCGGCACUGCGGGGCACUGCCGGACGGGGACCGAACUGGGACGGUCUGAGGGCAGCGGGGCAUCAAAGUAAAGCUUAUCAGGAAUUUGUCAAAGCAAGCCUGUUUCAGUGGGGAUAUUCCUCAGUUCUGGACUAAGAUGCGCGGGCAGGAAGCAAUGCAGGGAGCAGCUCCAGUGCAGGAAGAUCCCGCAGCCACUUCGCUUCUUCGGUCACUGUCAGCUCCUAAUCCGCCUGCGGUCCCCCACGGCCAGCAGCCACUCACAGGGCAAAGCUGAGCAGGAGAGACAAACCCAGACGGUCUGUGAUGACGCCAAAAGAUACGGCCACUUUGCAACUCUUUAUUCUGCACCAAAAAAGGGAAAAAAAGGAAAAAGAAACCUUUCUGUAUCCCUUUCUAUCUCCCUUUCCGUGUCCCUUUCUAUAUCCCUUUCUCACCCAUUUCUGUGUUUUAUUCAUGCCCCCCAGCAACACCUGCACAUGAAGCCCGAUGCUGACGGACCCAUCCCCGUGCCCACUGGGUUUUGCUGCAGUUCCUUCUACUUUUGUUUCUAAACCCACACUCAUCCCACUCCAUUGUAAACAGAUGAUUAUUAUUUCAUUAGUGUUCCAAUUCGGAAUUAAUUGGCUAAUUUACACAUGGAUCAAUUGUAUAAAUGCGAUGUUGGUGA